AUGAACUUUGCGGUUGCCCUUUUUCACUCAUUUGACUCGAUUGAUGUGACUGGGCCCCUGAAUCCUUUGUUCUACCUUGCCUUCAGCAAACAACUCAACCUAAGUCUGAUCGCGCCCACCUACGAGCCAGUUUGGGUUGCGCCCGCCUUGGACUCCCUCAAUGUCAUGAACUCAUCCAUGUGGUUCUCUCUGAAUCCCACCCACACAUAUGACAGUCCGCCAAAAGACAUCGACGUGCUGCUCAUCCCUGGAGGAGCAGGAGCAACGUUUGGAAAUGUCUCACGAGUCAUCGACUUCGUGCGCGAGACAUACCCGAGUGUCAAAUAUCUCCUUUCUACGUGUACUGGCGCAGGCAUUGCUGCAAGAGCUGGAGUUCUGGAUGGGAAAAGAGCCACUACCAAUAAGAAGGCUUGGUCAACUAUUACUGCCAUGGGUCCCAAUGUGAACUGGGUGUCACCAGCUAGAUGGGCUGUAGACGGAAAUAUUUGGACCUCUUCCGGUGUAACUUCCAGUUUAGACAUGAUGUUUGCCUUUAUUGAGGAAAUGUAUGGGAAGGACUUUGCAGUUGAGAUCCAGGGAACAAUUGAACACAAUCGUAUUACCGAUCCCUGCGAUGACCCUUUUGCGGAGCUCCAUGGGGUUCAGCCAAGCGGCGAUUGCAGGGUGAAUACAAAGUAG